AUACAUGUAGGAAUACAAUUCCAUAUCUAAUUAUGUAAGUCCUUUAGCACUGCAAAACCCUUUAUAUAUAAAAACCUGUCGAACUCUGUUAACUUCCCUUUUUAUCUUUUACAAAAACCCUACACAAGGAGAGAUGGCACUGAAGAUGAAUGAAAUUCGUGCUGCAGAGGCGGCUCUGUUCUUCCUGGAGCGGUUAGCUACUGUUGAAAUUAUAUUACAUAGCAACACUCCACUACUUCUUGCCAUCAACUUGCUUCUCUUGGCUGCCACUACAAUCCUCUAUGCAGUGCCUUACUCUGCCCGGCAGCAUCUCGGGCGGCCAUACUCCUACGAGCCUGAUGAUGAUAAAAUUAGAUACUUCUGUUCGGAGCGAUUAGGCUUAUUGUUCGUGGUACUUUGGAUGUUAGGUCGAUGUUCCUAUGGCCUCAUCCUGGGCCGUGCAGUUCUUAUUUACACAAACCUGAAGUACUUGCUUGAUUAUGUGGAAUGUAUUAUUGCUGAAGACGAAGAUGAUGACAGUGAUGAGACUCAGAGGAAGGUUGAGGACAGCCAAGGAGAACAAAAGGAAGCUGAGGAUUAUCAAGUGGUAGAAGACAAUGUCAGUAGCAACGAUGAAGAGACACAGAAAAGAGAACAUUCUGCUGAAUUUCCUCAAGUAGUUAUUACUUCUUUUGACGAUUGGCUCUGUGUAGAUGUAAAUGGCACUCAAGACGACAAAAAUAAUGAUGAUGAGGACGAGAAGGAGAAAGUGGAUGGUGAUGGUGAUGAGGAAGAGGAAGAAGACUACGAAGAUUAUGAUAUUGAUAAUGUUAAUGAGGGAGAGAAAGAUUCCGAUUCCGAUUCAGAUAAUGGUGGCAAUGAUGGGGGUGCUGGUGGUGCUGAUGGUGAUGGUGAUGGUGAUGGUGAUGGUGAUGGUGAGGAGGGUGAGGACAAGAAAGCGGAAGAGGAUGAUGGUGUGGAUACUGAGAAUGCAACAGAGGGAAACAAAGUUCAAGAAGAAUUGCAGGAACUGAGAGUAGAGUGUGAUAACUUAAAGAAGGAGAAGGACUUGAGAGAUCAGGCACUGAAAAGAGCACAAGAACUCUAUGACAACCUUAAGCAUCGUGCCCAGGAGCAUUUCCAAGUGUGGAAGACAUAUUGCAACAAGCUCAAGACAGAUAUCGAAACUGCCAAGACAAGUUCCGAACAUUCCAAAAAGGUUGCGCUCCAAUUCAUCAAAUAUAUGAUUAAAAGAUAUUCAAAUUUUCAAGCACAACUAGAAGAAAUGAAGGCCCAGGUACAAGACUUUGAAGAAAGUCGACGCAAUUGGAAUGAGUGCAAGGAGCAUCUCACUGCAGAGCUGGAUGCAGCAAUGCAGUCUCUUGACAGCUACAGAGAUGUCAUAAGGGAUUUCCAAGAAGCAUAUGAUGAAAAGAUUAAAGAGAAGAACUCUCUCGUUGCUGAUCGUGAAGCUGCCAAUGCACGCUUAGAGAUGUUCAUAGCGAAAUCCCAACCCAGCAUUUGGCCAAUUUGGCACUAAAUGUAGUUGUGCCGAUUUAGGCAAGCAAGACAAGCUGCAUGACAUCACAGUAGUUCUCAAGGCUUUUCUUUAUUUUCGGUUCUCAAGAGUUUCUAGUUUUGUGAUCUCUUAUUGAUUCAGGUUAUAGCUUCUUUCUUCAGGUUUAUAGAUGUAGCUUCUUUCUGUUGAACUCAAACGCCAGUCCAUAGAUGGAGUUAGCAAAGUAUUAUUGAUGGUUUUUUCUUUUUUUUUUUAAGUGUUCAAGCUACUAAUAAUUAAAGUUAGAAACUUUUGUUUGCUCCACACUGCUCUC